AUGGUUCCUCGCCCGGUACGUGACGGUGUCCAGCCCAGUCCACGGAAACGAAAUCGGCCUGCGCGAUCCUGCCAGGAAUGCAGACGAAGGAAAGUCAAAUGUGAUCGCUUAGUACCGUGCGGUCAUUGCGUUCUUUCCAAGAAACCAUGUCAUUACGGUCACGGCCUGGCUCAAGCCAGUGGAAUUCGCACCGGGCGUCCUCCCGCCAUCCAGGAUGUCCAUCGACAUACACCCUAUGCUACGCCACCCCAGGCUUCUGUCUCUGCGACAGGGCCGAGUCCCGUCUCGAAUGCAUCUCGACUCACUGGGAGUGCUCUGGACACACAGCUCAGUGCCCAAUCCUCAGGAAGUAUUGCAAACUCUUACCACCUUGGGCCAGCCGCCAAUACCAAUCUUCACCAUAUCGCAACCACUCCAAGGGACGGGAAAAUUUCCUUAAACAAAUCCAGACUGUUCGGUCAGAGCCACUGGACAAAUUCCACCCUUGAGGUACGCCGGGCACACCAGCCGCCCACCUAUACCUCGAUAGUUUUGGCUAACAUACCACAGCUCCAAAAGACAGCGGCUGUUCUGAGUUCUGAAAUCGGGAAUACGACGGACAAUGAAAUCCUUAUACGAUUGAAGUGGGAGAUUGGUUCUCUCCUUCAAAAAUGCAAACUCCGUUCCAAAAGUAUCAAGUCCUCCCAAACAAGGAGGUGUUCUUCACUUCCGCGAGCGCAUCCAUCAAUCGCAAAAGAGUUCGCAGAUCAGAUGGUGCACUUCUACGUCACUCGCUUUGAGUCUGUAUUUCGCAUCCUACACAUUCCAUCAUUCUGGUCUGAAUACGAGAAAUAUUGGCGCGACCCCAAGGGAGCUGAAACUGUCCUUCAACUCAAGAUUCAGCUCGUCAUGGCCAUUGGAACCAUUGUUCACCAAGAUACCUCUAGAACAACAGAUAUUUACUUAACAGCGCGUCAAUGGCUAUACGUUGCGCAGGAAUGGCUGUCGGGACCUAUGAAAAAGGACCGGAUCAGCAUCAGUAGUCUACAGGUGCAGUGCCUACUGAUCCUGGCUCGGCAGGUUCUUGCCGUUGGAGGAGAUCUCGUUUGGAUAUCUAUGGGGACGGUCUUUCGGACGGCCAUGCAAAUGGGCCUCCACCGUGAUCCAAAGCAUUUCAAAAGGAUGGGUGUUCUUGAAGGCGAGAUCCGUCGAAGGCUCUGGGCCAGCAUCUUGGAGCUGGAUGUCCAAGCCGCCUUGGAUGCCGGAAUGCUACCUACCCUGUCAUUGGGCGACUUUGACACGGAGGCUCCUUCCAACGUCAAUGACAAUGAAGUUGACGAGCAGACCGAUGCCCUCCUGGAGCAUCCCGCAACGACAACAACAGCCUCAUCCCUCCAGCGUUUCUUAUUCCAGUCGCUACGCCCAAGGCUGGAAAUUGCCCGCCGCAUGAAUGGGAUUGCAUCCACUCUGUCGGAAUCAUCGUACAAAGAAAUCGUUGCUUUAACCACCACAAUAACCAACAUCUGCCGGAGCUGCGCUGCCCAUAUCCCUAGAACAGACAGCCCCGACGUUGUAUCCUUUCACAAAAAUCUUGCAGACCUACUUCUCCGGCGCUUCCUAGUUCAUCUGCAUCGCCCCCUUGCUAGCCGGGCCCGAACUGAUCCACUGUAUUAUUUCUCCAGAAAAAUGAGCAUCGACGCCGCCAUGGCAAUACUCUCUCCGAUCCCCAAAAACGCCGAGUUUGCGCAUCUCGUGUUAUUGGGAGCUGGCAUAUUCAAGAAUCGUAUGAUCCACGCGUCCCUAGCCGUGGCGUCCGAGUUACUCAUGGAAGUUUCAGAGCAAGGACCGGUAGAGUACCACUCGCCCUUCCAGGGACCUUCUGGAUAUAGGAAGAUGUUGAUGGAAGCGUUGGGAGAGGCGCUUGGACAGACUUCCGAGCGAAUUCGACUUGGAGAGACGAAUGUCAAGCUACACAUGAAGUUGAGUAUAGCGAUGCGCCAGACAGAAGUGGCAGGCGAGAGUUCUUGGUCCAUGCAACAGUUGGCUCAAAGUGCCAAGGAGAGCCUGGAGACUUCCUACGCCACCAUCCAAGAGCGGGCUACUUCUGAAGGGGUUGACAUCGAGUCUAGAGGAAACGGCGGGAUGUCUGAGGCUUUCGACCCGGAUGACUUCGAUCCAGAGAACUUUUUCCUUGGCCCCGACUUCACCUUAGACGACCUCUUCUUCGUCCCUGCAGAUUUCGACAUGGAUGGCGAAGGCAGGCCUCCUCAAAUGUGA